AUAUUAAAUAUAUAUAAACUAUAAAUUGUAACUAGACAAAAAAAUAUAAAUUCUUUUACACACGCGCAGGAGACAAAUCGAGUGGUUGUGAUUUUUUUUGUGUGCCGACUCAUUGCAUAUAUAUACAUAUACAUAGCCACAUAUAUUAUAUAUACUUUAUUUUAUCGGACAAAAAAUUCAUAUCAAAUUUCAAUAAAAAAAAAAAGAAAAUUAGGAAAAUUUAAAUAAAAACUCGUGAUAAAAUUAAAAAAUAUUAUAAUUUCGCAUAAUUUAAGUGCUUUAUAUAUAAUAUAUAUUUUUAAUAAAUAUAUAUAUGUAUUCUAACAUAUAAUAAAAUAUUAUUUGUGUAGUGUGUGCUUUUAUAACCUAAAAAUAAUCCAAAAUGAUUAUCACGUUGAAAAAUUUACAGCAACAAACUUUUACUAUUGAAAUAGACAGUAGUAAAACGGUAAAAGAGUUAAAAGAUAAAAUUGAAGUCCAAGAAAAAUUUCCUGCUUUACAUCAAAAAUUAAUUUAUGCUGGUAAAAUAUUAGUUGACGAUGAACCCUUAUCUCAAUAUAAUAUUGAUGAGAAAAAGUUUAUUGUUGUUAUGGUAACGAAGCCCAAAGUAGCCGAUAAUACAAGUACAAGUACCCCAACAGAAGAUGCAUCAGUUACCGCAGCUAAAGAACGUACAUCCAGAGAUUCAACAGCAGCAGCGUCAGAACCAUCACCAGUAACCCGACCAACUCCAGUAGUCCAACAGCCAACUGAACAAGCUGCUGCUGCAGCAUCUGCUGUUGCUGCGAUAACUGAAGCCGCUGCUAGAAAUCAACCCGAAAGUGCAUUACUUACUGGCGAUGCUUAUGAUACUAUGGUCAAUAAUAUUAUGGAUAUGGGAUAUGAACGUGAACGUGUUGAACAAGCACUACGUGCAAGCUUCAAUAAUCCAGAUCGUGCUGUCGAAUAUUUAAUAACUGGAAUACCGGCACAAUUAUUUGACGAUUUACCGGAUGAUAAUGCGCCAGAAGGUGCAGAUGCUAUUCUUGAACAAGGAGGUGGUGAAGCUGGUGAUCCUCUUGCAUUUUUACGCUCCCAGCCCCAGUUCCAACAGAUGCGUGGUGUUGUACAACAAAAUCCUCAGUUGCUCAAUGCUGUCUUGCAACAAAUUGGACAGUCAAAUCCUGCAUUGUUGCAAUUAAUCUCUCAAAACCAGGAUGCAUUUAUUCGUAUGCUCAAUGAACCAACUGCAGCUGGUGGUGGAGCACCAUUGACAGGAUCAAAUCAAGCUGUACGUGGUACCGGAGGAACCGGAGCCGGUGCAGAUGCCGUCAAUCCAGCAGUAGCUGGAGUCAUACCAAUUUCUCCUCAAGACCGUGAAGCCGUCGACCGAUUAAAAGCAUUAGGUUUCCCAGAACAUUUAGCACUUCAAGCAUAUUUUGCUUGUGAAAAAAAUGAGAAUCUCGCAGCUAAUUUUUUAUUAUCACAAAAUCUUGAUGAUUGAACAUGUUAAAAAAAAAUAAAUAAUAAUAACAUUAAACAAUUUUAUUGAUUAUAAUUAACAAUAACAAUUAAUGAGUAAUAAAAACUAAAAAAAAUUUUUCUUUCCAGUUUGGAAAAUUUCAACGCAUUUAAAUUUUCAAAAUAUUAAAAAAGUUUAAAUGUCAAUUUUUGAAAAUUUAUUUAUUGACUUAUUGUUUAAAAUUGACAAUUAGCUUAAAAAUGAAUAAGUAAUAAAUAAAUUAUAUUUAAAGUAAUAAAUUAGUUUUGUUCAAAAAUAAAUAAAAUGUAACUUUUAAAUAAAUUUUUUCUUCACUUAAUUAUUAUUAAUAAAUUACUUUUUUUUGCGAAUGUAAUUUUUUUUAUUAGUGUGGUGUUUAUUAAUAAUAUUAAUAAUAAAUAAUAAUUAAUAAUAAUAAUAAUAAUAAUAAUUUUUUUGUUAAUAUAUAUAAUUUUGAAAAUAAAAAUGAUUAUAAUAAAUACGCCUUCAAAAUUUUUUUUUCUUCAAACAAAUUUUUUAAUUUCUCGAAUUAUUUCUUAAUUUUACCAACAGGUGGCGCCAAUUCAUUUUCUGUUCGCAUGUAGAGUCGUUUUGAAAUAAUUUUCAAAUUAAUUUAAAAAAUAAUAAUAGAA